CUCUUUUUUUCCCCCGGUGCCUUCCUUGCGGCUGGAAAAAAAGCCACGCCUCCUCGCCCUCCCUCUCCGUCUUCUUAUUCCUUUGGCUUAGAAACUGGAGCUGGGAGGCGUAAGCUGAAGAGAGAGAGAGGAAAAAAAGAGGUUGGGGGGUUGCCUUCGUUUUUGGCAAGGGGGCGUCAACUGGAGCCUCUUGCCCGCACAGAGCGAGCGAAAGCAGAGGCCAGAGGGAGAGGGAAAGAAAGGCAGGCGGAGAAAGAAAGAAAGAGAGGCUACGAAGAGCCGCUCUACCUUUGACACCGGGGUAAGACAAUGAAGUAAUAGAGAUGUUUCCCUUUGUGUUCGCCGCCACCCUGGGCUCAGUAGGGAUAAGCAGCGGCGGCGGCGGCAGCAACAGCACCAAGGAUUACUGCUACAGUGCCCGUAUCCGCAGCACUGUGCUGCAGGGCUUGCCCUUUGGAGGGGUGCCCACCGUCCUUGCCCUUGAUUUUAUGUGUUUUCUUGCACUGCUGUUCGUUUUUUCCAUUUUACGUAAAGUGGCCUGGGAUUAUGGACGUCUGGCACUGGUGACUGAUGCUGACAGGCAGCGGCGUUGGCAGCAGGAGCAGGAGGAACGGGAAUAUGUGGCAUCUGCCCUACAUUCUGACAGCCACGAUCGCUACGAACGCCUCACUUCUGUCUCCAGCUCUGUGGACUUCGACCAAAGAGACAAUGGCUUCUGUUCCUGGUUGACAGCUAUCUUCAGGAUAAAGGAUGAUGAAAUCCGGGAUAAAUGUGGGGCUGACGCAGUCCAUUACCUCUCCUUCCAGCGACACAUUAUAGGACUUCUGGUUGCUGUUGGCGUCCUGUCGGUAGGCAUUGUAUUGCCAGUAAACUUCUCAGGGGACUUGCUGGAGAACAACCCGUACAGUUUCGGCAGAACAACAAUUGCGAACCUGAAUUCGGGGAAUAACCUCCUAUGGCUGCACACAUCUUUUGCCUUCUUGUACCUGUUGCUGACGGUGUACAGCAUGCGUCGCCAUACCUCCAAGAUGCGCUACAAGGAGGAUGACUUGGUGAAGCGAACGCUCUUCAUCAAUGGCAUCUCAAAGUAUGCAGAACCUGAAAAGAUCAAGAAGCAUUUUGAGGAGGCCUAUCCAAAUUGUACAGUACUAGAAGCGCGCCCCUGCUACGAUGUGGCCAGGUUGAUGUUCCUUGAUGCAGAGAGAAAAAAGGCAGAGCGUGGGAAAAUCUACUUUACCAACUUGCAGGCCAAGGAGAAUACCCCGUCCAUGAUCAACCCCAAGCCCUGCGGUCAUCUCUGCUGCUGUGCAAUCAAAGGCUGUGAAGAGGUGGAAGCCACAGAGUAUUACACCAAACUGGAAGAAAAGUUGAAAGAGGAUUAUAAGAAGGAGAAGGAGAAAGUGAACGAGAAGCCCUUGGGCAUGGCCUUUGUCACGUUUCAUAAUGAGGCCAUUACUGCCAUAAUUCUUAAAGACUUCAAUGUCUGCAAGUGCCAAGGGUGCAAGUGUCGUGGGGAACCCAGAGCCUCAUCCUGCAGCGAGUCUCUCCAUGUGUCUAAUUGGACAGUCUCCUAUGCACCUGACCCUCAGAACAUUUACUGGGAGCACUUGUCCAUCCGUGGUUUCAUAUGGUGGUUUCGCUGCCUGAUCAUCAAUGUGGUGCUCUUCAUUUUGCUCUUCUUCCUCACCACUCCUGCCAUCAUCAUCACCACUAUGGACAAGUUUAAUGUCACCAAGCCUGUUGAAUACCUGAAUAAUCCCAUCAUCACCCAGUUCUUUCCCACCUUGCUACUAUGGUGCUUCUCUGCUCUACUCCCAACAAUUGUGUAUUAUUCCGCCUUCUUUGAAGCCCACUGGACCAGGUCUGGAGAGAACAGGACAACUAUGCACAAAUGUUAUACCUUUCUUAUCUUCAUGGUGUUGUUGCUGCCAUCCCUUGGACUGAGCAGUUUGGAUGUCUUUUUCCGCUGGCUGUUUGACAAAAAGUUUCUGGCUGAGGCUGCUGUGAGAUUUGAGUGUGUGUUCUUGCCAGACAAUGGGGCCUUUUUUGUGAACUAUGUCAUUGCCUCUGCAUUCAUUGGGAAUGCCAUGGACUUGCUGCGUAUCCCUGGCCUGUUGAUGUACAUGAUCCGGCUCUGCCUUGCCCGCUCAGCUGCUGAACGCAGGAAUGUCAAACGGCAUCAGGCCUAUGAAUUCCAAUUUGGGGCUGCUUAUGCCUGGAUGAUGUGCGUCUUCACUGUGGUAAUGACCUACAGUAUCACCUGUCCCAUCAUUGUUCCCUUUGGUCUGAUGUAUAUGCUCUUGAAGCACCUGGUGGACAGGUACAACCUCUAUUACGCUUAUCUGCCAGCAAAGUUGGAUAAGAAGAUCCACUCAGGAGCUGUGAACCAGGUGGUGGCAGCACCUAUCCUCUGCUUGUUUUGGCUCCUCUUCUUCUCUACUGUGCGCACAGGAUUCCUGGCUCUCACAUCCAUGUUUACCUUUGUGGUCCUUGUCAUCACCAUUGUGAUCUGCUUGUGUCAUGUCUGCUUUGGACACUUCAAAUACCUAAGUGCUCACAAUUACAAGAUCGAUCACACAGAGGUGGAUGUUGCAGAUGGAAGAGAAAACGGACGGCCUGCCACCAACCAACCACCAGCUCCCAAAUCAGCUCAGAAGUACAUUGCACAAGUACUGCAGGAUUCUUCACCCGAGGGGGACGUGGCCGAGUCCGAGGAGCAGGGGUCCCAAGACGAGGAGCUCAUCAACCCCAAUGGCAUGAAUGAUACGGAUUUCCAGUCAUGCGAGGACAGCCUGAUAGAAAACGAGAUCCACCAUUAGGGCAGCAGAAGUGCAAGAGGGGGCAGGGCAGUCCCAAGAGCGGAUGAGGCUGCUGCGCACUGUGUGUAUGUGUUCUGUGUGAGCGAGUGAGAGAUAGAGAGAAAAGCUGAGGAAAAUGGAGACAAGGGCAGCACAAGGCAGGUACCAACCACUGCUCCUUCCCUACCCACCUGGCUGCUGCAUUCUCGCUCAUUCCAAUGUGGGGAGUGACCCUGUCCAUCCGACCCUCCUUAGACUUCUCUUUCCUAGCCCAGUUCUCUGUCUCUCUGUCCUCCUCCCUGGGAUGGGAGGGGAAUUUCUCUUAUCAGCUACCUACCCCUUUAACAGCCACUGGGACCCUAAAAAAUCAAGAUGGAGGGAAGGAAAUAUCCUCACUGCUUGGAGCUCCAGUGCAACAGUGAGGAGAACAAAAGCAAGGGCACCUUCCUUUUCUCUCCCUGCCCCUUUUCCAGGGAACACAGGUCCUUCCCCAUUCUUCACUCCAGAAGAUUAUCUAGAAUCAAGAACACUAAUAUUAGAUUUUUUUCAAGAGCUUAAGCUUUAAUCAAUCAAGGUACUGGGGUAUCUAGAAAAAAGUAUGUGGCUCUGGACUUGACUGGAAUCAUGUCUUCAAGCCAAGCCAUUUUUAAAUCUGUGUAUAACUCUCUUACAUAGUUGGGUGUCAGCAAGCAUUUGGUUCCCUGGCACCCAAGAUGAAACCCAAUGAUAACUGCAGUCCUAG